AACGUACGCAUAGCUUUUAUGAUGAGAGACAUGGGUGUGAGGGAAGAAUUCUUCCUUCUAUCUUCUCUCCACAAAUUUCUUCUUGUUGUGUGGCUGUGUCUCUCAGUCCCUCUUACUGCCCAUUGCCAAUGCAACACAAGUCCCGUCAUCUUCAAUUUUGGGGACUCCAACUCAGACACCGGUGGUUUUUCAGAUGCUCUAGGAUUUAGUUUCCUACCUCCGGCCGGACGUACCUACUUCGGCAGACCGGCAGGCCGCCUGUCUGAUGGCAGAUUGAUGAUAGAUUUCCUCUGUGAAAGCUUGAAUUCAACAUAUUUGACUCCAUACUUGGAGUCAUUAGGACCAAAUUUCACAAACGGAGUCAAUUUUGCUGUUGGAGGUUCAGCCACUCUCCCCAGAUAUAAACCCUUCAGUUUAGGUGUCCAAGUUGCUCAAUUUAUUCGAUUCCGUACACUCUCCCCAGCACUAGCAUCAAAAGGGCACAAAGAUUUGGUUAGAGAGGAGAACUUCCAAAAUGCACUCUACACAAUUGAUAUUGGACAGAAUGAUCUAUCUUGGUCAUUUUCUUACCUUCCAUAUGCUCAAGUUAUUGAAAAGAUCCCAUCUUUCAUAACUGAAAUCAAAUUGGCUAUAUGGGAUUUAUAUCAACAUGGUGGGAAGAAUUUCUGGGUACAUAACACUGGGCCUCUUGGUUGUUUGCCUCUAAAACUUACUGUGUAUGGCCACAAUGCCAGUGAACUUGAUGAGAAUGGAUGCAUUCAGCCUCUCAAUGAUGCCGCCAAGAUGUUUAAUGUACAACUGCGUGCUUUAUGUGAAGAACUCAGGUCCCAAAUGAAGAAUGCCACCAUUGUGUAUGUGGAUAUAUAUAGCAUCAAGUUUGAUCUCAUUUCUAAUGCCUCUAAAUAUGGUUUUCAAAAUCCAUUAAUGGCGUGCUGUGGCUACGGUGGACCGCCAUAUAACUACAAUCCCAAUGUCACUUGUGGGCAGGCUGGUUACAAGGUUUGCAAUGAAGGGUCUCGGUACAUCAGCUGGGAUGGAGUUCACCAUACUGAAGCUGCCAAUGCUAUUUUUGCUUCCAAGAUACUCUCAACCAAUUAUUCUACUCCUCAAGUUAAGUUUAAUUUUUUUUGUAAUGAUAAGUCAAUGAUCAACUCAUAAGAAGCAAGAAAUUUAUUGCUGCCAUGUGCAGUCUAUCUUUUAGUACGUAGUUUUGGGGAUACUUAUUGCUGGCGACUGGGAGGACUUGUUUUAUUUUGUAAUGGAAUUUCCAUUUCAGACUCGAGGUUGAGAUUUGAUGUUGCAACUUGCAAGUGCCGCAUGUGCUAUCUGUUCUGACUCUAUAACUGGCCUUCCGAGUAAAUACUUUCAUUUGGUGGGAGGAAGUUCUGGAUACACAACACUGGUUUGCAAGAAUUAGCACCUGAAGAAUUAGCAAUUAAUUUGUUCCCAGAUAACAACGGUCUUGAUCAAACUGGAGGCCUUAUUUCAGAAGAUUGCUCGAAGAACAAUCUGAUCUCUGGAGGAUGCUAACCAUUGUCUGCCUAUCCAAUACAGGGUAAAGUAUAGU